AUUUUGCAGUGCUUGGCAACGGCACAACGGUUCGAUAUCGAAAACAGAGUGGUCCAGAAACCAGUGGUGUUUUGCGGAGUAGAUAAUAUAGUUGUCGAUAUCGUCACAGAAAAGCCAUUCCGAGGUCGGCUAUAUGUCCAAGGCGAAAUUGAGAAUCGCCAGUGUUUGCAGAACGGCAAGGAUCAUGAUUCCAAUCAUGCUCGCUUUAAUCUGCCCAUUGGUGCUUGCAACAUGCGAAGACAAAGAACGGUAACCGAAAUUUUCAUGGAAUUUCAGCUUUUUGUGACCGGUAUGGAUCGAGCUUUUCACGUUCGUUGUUUCUUCCUGGAAUCAAUCAAAAGCCUUGCUACCGAGUAUGGUGUCGGCAAGCUUCAAACCGAACUGGUUGAGCAGGACUUUCAGUUGCCAGACUGUGUCUAUCAGCUGCACGAUGGGCCAUCGGGGCCAGCUAUUCAUUUUGCGCAGGUAGGACAGCGGGUUACUCAUCGAUGGACUUGUGAAGAUGAUUCGAGUUGGAUCUAUGGUCUACUAAUCCACAGCUGCUAUGCGGAUGAUGGCCAAGGCAACAAAUUCGAGUUGGUCGAUGAUCGAGGAUGUUCAACGGAUCCCUAUCUUUUGCCUCAAAUCAAGUACGAUCCAAAGUCUCUAUCGGCAUCCACGGACGCUCAUGUGUUCAAGUAUGCUGACAAGGUACAACUGUAUUUUACCUGCACUAUUCAGUUGUGUUACAAGCAUGAUGGCGGUUGCGAUGGAGUGACGGUACGGUAUGAAUUCUAUUGUUCUUCGAGAAAAUACGAUAGAUUGUUUAUAACCCAUCGAAAUACUCAAAAUCGAGCACCAUUCAGGUACAAUUGUAUUUUACCUGCACUAUUCAGUUGUGUUACAAGCAUGAUGGCGGUUGCGAUGGAGUGA